GUCCUCCUUUUCUCAAUACGAUGCAGUUCCAGAGCCUCAGCGUGUCUCCUGUAGCAAACUAAAAUGCCUGUUUGAAAAAAAAUCCAGUCUGUAUUUCGGGAAUGCGGAGUUACAUGGGCAGAUCCAUCCUUAAGGCUGAUUUCUGUGGUUGUGGGACUUGAACACGUGGUGUUUUUUUUUUCUUCUUCUCCUUCUCUUUAGCUUUACAGAGAAGAAGCGAUGGACUUGCACAUUCUCGAUCACAGACUGAGAGUAACGAGCAUCAGCAGAGGUGGGCUGCAGCACUACACCCACCCACUGAUCAAGCUGAUCUUUCUGAGGAACAGAACCAGAUGCAAAUUCUUCAGUCUGACGGAAACACCAGAAAAUUACACAGUCGUUCUCGAUGAGGAAGGAUUUAAAGAUCUUCCCCCCUCUGAGCACCUACAAGUGGAAUGUUCCACCUGGCUGCCCCUCAACGUCGUCUCCAAUGGGAACGCCUCCAGCAGCUCUCAGGCCGUGGGUGUCACCAAAAUCGCCAAGUCCGUCAUCGCCCCACUGGCCGAGCAACACGUGUCCGUCUUCAUGCUCUCGACCUAUCAGACAGACUUCAUCCUGGUGCGAGAGAAAGACCUGUCAGUGGUGAUCCACACCCUGGCUGAGGAGUUUAACAUCUUCCAGGAGGUGGAUGGGGAGUCGGUUCCAGUGCACAGCCAGGAUGUGAACAAUGGCCUACAGGGGAACGGCAGAGAGGUCCCUCGUUCUACAUUGCACCCAGUAUUGAUCCCAGCGAACCAGUACUGUGUGAUGAGUUUGGAUCCUGACACGCUGCCGGGCAUCGCCACCACGCUCAUCGACGUCCUCUUCUACUCCAACAGUCCUAAAGAAGACGCGAAUGUCACUGCUGAUCUGGAGUGCAAGUUCUUCUCCUUCUCUCUGAUCGAUGGCUACGUCUCCCUCGUGAUGGAUACAGAAGCACAGCGACAAUUCCCGGCAGAUCUGCUCUUCACCAGCUCGUCCGGCGAGCUCUGGAGGAUGGUGCGGAUCGGAGGCCAUCCGCUAGGUUUUGAUGAAUGUGGGAUUGUAGCUCAGAUCUCUCAGCCCCUGGCAGACUGUGAUAUCUCGGCUUAUUAUAUCAGUACAUUCAGUUUCGACCAUGCUCUGGUGCCAGAAGAGGACAUAGCGAGGGUUACAGACAUGCUGCAGGAUCAGAGGAAAGGCGUCGGAUGCUGAUGUAACCCUGAUUGCUCACACUACAACCGGAACAGCAUUAACACAGACAGUGUUGCGAUGAUCACUGGAAGUGUUUUGAUGAUGUUUAUAAGGUAGGAUUGGCUCACAAGAGCACCCGCUCAAGGUCCAAUCACAAAGCAGCGAAGUGCUUUUUUUGAUCAUGAAGCUAGCAUGCUAAUUGCACAUAAAAGUAGCUUUUACAUUGUAGAAUAGUUUACUGACCAAAUGAAUCGUAAUAUUGUAAGGUCUCACAAUGGCACCACAGAUUUCUGAGUCAGAGGUGUUGAAGAUCUUAAUUAUUUUGGGAUAUUUUUUGGUUGCAGAUUAUCAGAUUUUUUAUGGAGGCCUAUUUCUGCCGGGGGGGGAGGGAAACCUUUUUUUUUUUUGCCUUUUCAUUAAUUUUUUGGCAGCAGCAGAACUGGUCAAAACUUUCAGAAUUUAUACUUCUUAUUCCAAAAUUCUGAAUAAUUAUCUCAAAAAGUUGAGUUGUCUCCAAAUUCUGACUUAUUGAUCUUACAUAUAUCAAAAAUUUGACUUAUCUUAAAAUUCAGACUUAUUUAUAUCCUCUUUAUCUUAAAAAUUUGACUUCUCAAAAUUGAUUUAUCUCAAAAUUAUAGCUCCGUUCAAAAAAAUUUGAAUUAAUCCUCAGAAUUCCGACAUCAAAAUUUGGACUUUUUUUUUCAAACAACAUUCUGAAUUAUUAUCUCAAAAUUGUGACUUAUCGCAAGAUUUUGACUUAUUAUUAUUUCAAAAUUUUAUUUUGGUAUACCAGGUCAAAAAUUCAAUGAAAUUUGACAUAAUCUCACUAAAUGCAUGAAAAUAAGUCAAAUGUUUUAAAAAAAAAAAAAUUUACUUUUGAAUAUAAGUCAGAAGUGAAAACAUUUUGAGAGGAUACAUUAUUUUGAAAUAAAGCUUGAUGAGAUAAUAAGCCAGCAUUUUGAGAUAACAAGUCACAGUUUUGUGAUAAGCUAGAAUUUUAUGAUUGUAAGUCAGAAUUUUGAGACGAGUCAGAAUUUGAGAUAAGACGUCCGAAUUUUGACUGCUGCUGUUGCUGUCAGAAUUUUGACUUGGAAUGCUGCUCUCGCCAAAAAAAAUAAAAUAAUAAAUAAAUAAAUGUUAUGCCAAUUUCUUUUUUCUUUUUUGACCUGGCACAAGUGGGCUUCCACUGAUUUCAGAUGAUCUGUGGAACAGCGAGAGACAUGACGACUUUUGUCAUCAGGAUUUUCAUUUUGUCAGGGUUUUUUUUUUGUUUGUUUGUUUGUUUGUUUGUUUUUAAAUUUUGCUAUCAUGUAAAACACUAUCAGUGUUAGAUUUUUUUUUCAGUAUUGUUACGAUGUAUUUAGAACACCAAAUUAAUAUUUGAUUCAAGAUGUAGCAUCCUACUGCACAGGUUUCCUUCUGAUGGCCCUGGUGGAAGUCUCUUAAAAAACUUAGUUACUGAAAACUUACUUUGCUCAAAAUGAGUGUUUUUCUCACAAAAAUGCCUUUGUAAAUAUAUCAAAAUGUGUGUGACAAUCUAGUUUUCUUAUUUUUAUUCUAAUACCAGCGAAUAUUUCUUUGCCAUCUUAUAUUAUCAGUGUGAUUUGGGAGUGAAGGGAAGUAUCUCAAACGUAUGUUACUUUAAAAAGCAGGAAGUUGAACUCGGGGAGUUUUGUCCCCGUGGUCACCUGCUAUGGACUUUUGACCUUCCUGGUUUGGGUUUUUGGGUGAGACAAUAGCAAUAGAGUUGCUAAGCAAUGUGUGACUUUCACUGUUAUAUCCAAUGUUGAUACAUCAGUGCUUUUUUUUUCUUUUUUUUUUUUUCCUGUAGCUUUGUUGCAUAAAUGGGCUCAAUAUAUAAACACACAUAUCAAUAAGCUUUUUAAUGGUUUAGUCAAAGUCAAACUAUAUCAAAGCACACUAGACUAAACCCUAUUUUCUUUAUAUAAGUGAUUUAAAAUUCAUAUCUGCAUAACAUAAUUCUGUUAUUGGGUAAUUGAAUUAAAUUUUUUUUUAAGUCCAAAAUGCACUGAUAAAGCAGAAAUGUUCACAAUCUAUAUGUUGGACAUUAAAAAUCAGGACUCAUGUUGUUCAAGUCCAUAUGAUGCAUCAUUCUGGAUGUGUAUUAUAAUAAACCUUUGAUUGAAUUAA